AUGAGAAAGAGAAAGGGAGACUUCGAAGGCGCAAAGUGCAUAUGCUCGCCUCCGAUCCAUGAGGAUAAGUCCGACCAAGAUGCUAUUUGGGCUGGGGUCAAGAACAGAACGUUCACCAUUGUUUCUUCAGACCAUGCCCCUAGCAAAUUCAAUCAUCCAAAUGGAAAGCAACGAGGGCUCAAAGACGGAAACCUUCCAUAUGGAAAAUUCCAUCUCAUCCCAAACGGGCUGCCUGGUGUGGAGACCCGUAUUCCGCUUCUCUUCUCUGGCGGCGUCCUUUCCGGACGCAUCUCCCCACAGAAGUUCAUUGAGGUCACAUCCACAAACCCAGCCAAACUAUACGGAUUGAAGAAAAAGGGCAGCAUUGCCCCUGGCUUCGACGCUGAUCUGGUCAUCUGGCACCCACAAGCAAAGUUCCAGCCAUUCAAGCUCACGAACAAGAUGCUGCACCAUGCUGUCGACUAUACACCUUUUGAGGGUAUCGAGUUCAAGAAUUGGCCGAAGUACACAAUCAUCAUGGGUAAGGUGGUAUUCAGCCAUGGGGAGGUAGUUGGGGAAAUGAAGUACGGUCAGUACAUCCGGAGGGAGCAGAGUCUGCUUCCAGGACCAAGAGAUGUUUGGUUGAGCGAAUGGCGGCCCUAAGGUUGGUAGGAGAGGCAUCUAAACUAUUGGUUGUUGCAGUUCAAUUUUCGAAUCUCAUGCUUCCAUUGAUAUCUAUGU